ACCUCCUCUCAGCUAUCUCAAUGCUUCGGCAUCACACUAGGGAUGGUGAUUGAAAAGGCCUGGUAUGCCUAGGGUUGCUGCUCCCGCCAUACACGACGACAUUGACCUCUUGCAUCGGCUCCCCUCUCAUCCACCCCCCACUACACUACAAGUUUACCCCUCCAUAACCCCACUUCCUUACCAACUAAAACUACCUUUCGUCUUAAAGACGUAGCUUCAGCCUUCCCUCUCUUCUGUUUCCUCUCCCACUUCCACCUCGCAACUCACACACAAAGCCCCCCAACCGCCAAAUCAAAACAAGAUAAUUGCCAGCAAGAUGGGUGUUACUAAGACCACUCACAACGAGGGCUCCGGCGCCAUCCCUAAGCCUGGCCAGACCGUCACCAUUGAGUACACCGGUUACCUCAAGGACACUUCCAAGCCCGACAACAAGGGCAGCAAAUUCGACUCUUCGGUUGGCCGCGGCGACUUCGUCACCCGUAUUGGUGUCGGCCAGGUUAUCAAGGGCUGGGAUGAGGGCGUCACCCAGAUGAAGGUUGGCGAGAAGGCCACCCUCGACAUCACCAGUGACUACGCCUACGGCGAGCGCGGCUUCACCGGCCACAUUCCCCCUAACGCCGACCUCAUCUUCGACGUCCACCUGAAGAACGUCAACUAAACGCUAGGUCUGGUAUUGUGCGAGCGUUUGGCGGCUGCAUGCCAGGGAGGCACGAAAAACGCUGUCUUGGGGCAUUGAUUGAGAAACAGCCUGGAUAGUUGAUUGGUGCUUACAUGGUUAUCCAGGUGAACCGGACUCAUCUAGACUCAAUGGAAUCUCUGCGUGUCGCAUAACUUCCUCAUUGUGUAACUUAUUUCGCAUCAUUGCUCCCGCUUGACCGUCGGAUCUUGUGUACAAUGACGAAUACCAAAAAGUAGGCUUGUGUUGCACGAUAUAUAGUACUGGUUAUACGCAACCUCUGCCCUACUUUUUGUCGUCAAAACUUGCCGAUUGUGCGGUGACUACGAGGUAUACAUCUUCUGCUUUGGGG